ACAUUCAUUUGUGACAAGAAUUAUUUUGGUCCAAAUUGUGAGAUAUCUUGUAAUAGAAGCAGGCCAAAUGGAAGUUGUUUGGAAAACGGCACAUUCAUUUGUGACAAGAAUUAUUUUGGUCCAAAUUGUGAGAUAUUUUGCAGAGACAACAAACAUGGAUCACAUGAAUCAUGUUGGAAUGAUGUUGAUUUGAAAUGUAAGGAUAAGAUUUCACAGGCACGGCGGAAUAGGGUUGAUGUAUACCCUUGUUGUCAAUAUUUGUGUGAGAAUUAUUGUAAGGAAGAGAAUGGAAGUGAUUUUUUUUCAACUCUUAUGUUUCGAGGAAUUUUAACUGAAGCCGGGAUUCAAGAGUUUUUUCAUAACUUGACGGAAGCUUUAAGAUGCACAGAUAAUAAAUUGGUGUACGCCAUUGUUUCCAAAAGUUCAAAGAAAAAGUUAACGGACAAAAAUACCAUAACGACACUUUCAUUUGAAUUAGUAUGCAAUUGUUCGCUGAUGAUUCAACAGAAAUUACAUCCAUUCAUUCUGGAUCACCUACUAAAAUUGAACACACAUGUUUAUCCGCCAAUCAUACUUCAUAUACCAGAGGGACGCCAGAAUGCCAAAAGAACCCGAGAGCAGGAUUGGUUAUCCAAAAAUUGGAAAAUGACAGCGGCCAUUCUAGGAUCGAUUGCAAUUGCAUUGUGCAUUGUCCUCGUGGCCGAGAUCGCUAAAAUAAAAUAUCGAAAAUUAUAUCAGCUGCCAGAUUUCACCUAGCCGGAUCUCGAAAGGAACAGGAAAAGACUUAGUGCCUUAA